GAGAGGGGCCGCCCCCCCGCCCGCUCCGCUCCGCGCCCGCCGUCGGUGCCGGUGAAGGCGGCGGUGGCGGUGCCGCCGGCUCCCGCCGCCCGCCUGGCCCCGGCCCCGCGUCCCUAUGGCCGGGCAGGAGUGGGACUGGUUCCAGCGCGAGGAGCUCAUCGGGCACAUCAGCGACAUCCGAGUGCAGAACCUCCAAGUUGAACGCGAAAAUGUCCAGAAGAGGACCUUUACCAGAUGGAUAAACCUGCAUUUGGGAAAGUGCAAGCCUCCUUUGAAAGUGAAGGACUUGUUUAUUGAUAUACAAGAUGGCAAAAUCUUGAUGGCGCUCCUGGAAGUCCUGUCAGGACAAAAGCUGAUGCACGAAUACAAAUCUUCAACCCAUCGCAUUUUUCGUUUGAACAACAUAGCCAAAGCACUUAAGUUCUUGGAGGACAGUAAUGUAAAGCUUGUUAGCAUCGAUGCAGCAGAAAUAGCAGAUGGAAAUUCCUCUCUGGUACUUGGACUAAUAUGGAAUAUAAUCUUGUUUUUUCAGAUUAAGGAGCUUACAGGCAACCUCAACAGGAACUCCUCCUCCUCCAGCCUGUCCUCUGGGCCCAGUGGUCCAGAAUCAGACACAUCCCCCAGCACUCCCAGCGUGGAGAGAAACAUGUCCAUUACAGUGAAGGAUCAGCGGAAAGCCAUCAGGGCCCUUCUAAUCUGGGUUCAGAGGAAAACCAGAAAGUAUGGCGUUGCCGUCCAAGACUUCACAAGUAGUUGGAGGAGUGGCCUCGCUUUCUUAGCUGUCAUAAAAGCCAUAGAUUGUACUUUGGUAGACAUGAAGCAUGCACUGGAGAAAUCAGCACGAGAAAACCUGGAGGAUGCUUUCAGCAUAGCACAGAAUAAACUGGGUGUCCCUCGGCUCCUGGAACCUGAAGAUAUCAUGGUGGAGUCACCCGAUGAACAGUCAAUUGUGACAUAUGUGGCACAAUUUCUGGAGCACUUCCCAGAGCUGGAAGGGGAAGACUUUACAGAUCCUGACAAGGAGCUUCCAAUUGAGUCCACAUAUGUCCACAUCAAAGACACACCGUCAGAGAAGGAAGGCAAAAUCUUGAUUUUAAGUGAAAAUGAAGAAAACAUGUAUACUGUUAAUCAUGAGAGGAGUCAUCCUGCUCCUCCAAAGGUCCAUAUUCAUGAUAUCCCUGAGAGAAUCCCAUCAGAAACCACUUCUGAAAAUUGUAAUGGAAAACUGAGUCGAGUGUUAGGUGAUGUACAGGGAACAUCUGAAGAGGAGCCUCAAAGGCCUACUUCACUGAAAAUUACAGGACCUGUCAGUUUUGAAUCCAAUUCCUCUUGGGAGGUUCAAAAUGAUAAAUUCAUGUCAGGUGAAGAGAGCAUCUCAGAUGAUCCACUGAAACAAAAUGAUGAGCUUUCUCCAGCUGUUCUGACAGAUCAGAAAGAUUCUGUUGACUCUUUUGAAGAAUACUCUGAAGAAUUAACUAAGGAAACCCCUACUGAAUAUGACAAUGAAACCAAGAGCCUUUCAGCCAAUACUUCUUCUUUGAGUCCAUUAUCCUGGACUUCAGGUAUACUUACAGAUGAUUCUAUUAAUAAAGUUGAAGAGAGCAAACCCCAGUCUUCAAUUCUUUUACCAGAAGAUACAUCAAAACAAGAAGAUACGCAGAAGUACGUUCUCCACCUUCUAAAUGAAGAAAUUCAGACGCUUCCACAAGAUGAACAUACAAAGGAAUCUCCUGUCCUUGAGACAACAGAAACGAACCCUUGUUCACUGAAUGGUUCUAAUCUCAAAAGCCAAGAACUAUCUACACAGCAUGAAACAUCUGAUGACUCUCUCUCAGAUAUACCUAAAACUCCAGAGGACCUGGACAGCUGUGACGAAGUUGAAUCUGCAGCUGAAGUGCUACCCAGUUCUUCAAAAGUAUCUGUGAUACCCCAUGAUCUCUUUUAUUAUCCACAUUAUAAUGUUCCCAUAUCAGCAGUUCUGAACGCUUACCUUGAGCCUUGUAUCGAAGGUUAUGAUACAGGAAAUGGAAAAGCUUCUUCUGAAACAGUAACAGAUGUUUUACAUGACAAGAACUUAGCAGAACAGGACCACAAGGAAGAUGCUCCAGAGCCAGACUUGGAGAAUAAGCUAGGUACCCCUCCAUCAGAAACAGAUACUGAGAACAGCGAGGAGGAAACUACAAAAACAAGCAGUCAUGUGAAUUCUUCCGAUGAAAAAGAAGUGCCAUUACUAGUAGAAGAGUUAGAAAUAGAAGAAGAUGGCGAUAAGGCCACCAACCAUGAAGAUUCCACUAUUCCACAACAUCCUGAGGCCAUAGUAGAAAAUCUAGAGGAUUUACCAAUAGCCAUAAAGGCGCCAGAAGAAAAUAGUAAUACAGAGGAGGAAGAGAAAGAUAUGAUUGAAGAAGCUUUGCAGAUCUCAGAAGUUGCCACUACUACUCUAUCACAAGAUGACCUGGAAGAAAAUGCUGAAUUCCAGGAAUUUACCAGAAGCAAUGACAGUGAUGCCAACAUUCAUCUCCGAAAAAGGUUUUCUCGUAAUGCUUCUGAGGAGGAAACUUAUGGUGUAAACGAGCCGAAGAGGACAGAUAUGGGUGAAAGUCCAUUAAUCAUCGGGAAGAAAAAGGACUUGGAAGCAAGCGAGACUCCAGCACCAACUCAUGAGAUAACCAUUUUUGAGCAGCCAGAGCUAUUCUACUUCGUCAUUUUCUUUUGGGUACUGGUCUACUGCCUUUUACUCCUUCCACAGCUUCUUAGCAACAAAGUUUGAUCUGUGUGAGGUGUGGAAAAUAAAGGGAUGGUGGCUGGAUUGCUUUGUGUAUCUGCAUAUGAAUAUGUUUCUUCAGGUGAAGCACAAACAGAAAUCCAGGACCUGGUAUUUAUGUUUAUUAUCAGGUUGUCUUCAAUUCCGCUACUGUUGUGCUAUGACAGUGUCAAAGCACGUUUUAUAUUAUGGUAAUUGUGUAAAUAUAUAUAAAAAUGAUCAGAUUUAGUAGAUGCGAUUUUGUACAUUUGUGCCUUGCUUUAUAAGAUGCUAAAUAAAAACAGAUAAUUAUCAGUAGAAGUAUGAACAAUUCAGAGCUCUAGUCUUCAAAAAUUAUUCUUCUGGCUUCACUUUCUUAUGUAGAGCCUGAUAGCUGUGGAAGAGGGAUGGUGUUGACUUACCUCCGGAUCUGACCACCUGCAAGGGCAAGGCUAGAAAUGGUUCUUCACAUUUUCCAUUUCAAAGAGUUAGAGGCAGAGCUACAGGUAGUGAAACACACAUCAGGAACUGAUUACAGUUCCAGCAAAAAAUACAGUGGAGCAACAAAAUCAGGUUGAGGGUUUAUUGGGGUAGGGAAGUUUGAUUUUUUAAGAUUUAAAGUAAUUUUUAUCCUUCACCUUUUGGGAUAUUUGAUUUGCAGGAAAAAUUGGGUAUGAAGAAGUGUGAAGAACAUAUAUGCUAGCUGCUUCUUAGUAGACUUUAUAUGGGAAAUCUCAGGCCAGAAACUAAAGUUUUUUAAAAGUACCUCAGUGCUUCUGAGUCUGCUUUUGCUUCAAUUUAUUUGCUGCUUUUAUUAACAAAUCGCAUAAAGAUUUCUCUCUUUUGCAGAUACGAAAAAUAAAAGGUAAUCAGCUUUGCUGAGGCUACUGUUAAGGCACUAGGGCGUGGUAAAAGAAUUAGAAAUAUCUUUUAAGUGUCCAAUUGAGAAAGAAAUGAUAGAUGUAAAACUAAAUACAGAAAAAUGCUGACAACAAGUAUUGACUUCCUAGUGUGACUGAAGAGAUUCCUGUGGCUUAUCCAUGGGCACAGUUGAGCUACUUCUGCCUCUUGUAUUUUUUGUCCACAUCAAUGAUCACUUUAGGAUAUUUCAUAUAGGAUUUUCGCCUGUGCUUUGUAGGACAAAAGAGAAGUCUUCAAUUUCAUAGCAGUAACUUCUCUCCAUGUGACUAUUAGUGAAGUCACUACUUCUCAUUGGUACAUUUUUAGUUUCACGCUGUGCUUUAUGAGACUACAUCACAUUGCUGCUUUUAUCUGAAAAUUCAGAAGGUUGACUGCAAUGCACUUCCUAAAAUGAAGGGUUUUAUAAUUUUACAGUGAGUGAAGAUUAAAUAAAAUAGCUAUACAUUUUACCUAUUUUGUUGUAGCAUAAGGUGUAUCCCUAGCCUGGCUAAGUUUUCAGAUGAACUAAUCACACCUGGGGUCAAGAUACAUCAAAAUAUACAGCAAUUUCUUUGCAGGUAUUUAAAAUCUGUCUGUAGUCAUGUUAUCUGCUGGGGCAAUCCUAACCAUCCGUCACACUUCAUUCUUCUUCAUAAGCUUUUUGUUCCCCUGAGAUUUUCUCCUGAGCUGCAGUUAGAAUUCAGUAGAAGUAAGGAAUGACAAGAGAUCUUAAACAUCGAAGAUAAAAUUCUGAACACCUUUCAACAAAGCUGAAAUCUUUCUUAUUCUGUCCUGCCACUGUUGACUAGAGCUGGAUUCACCCCGUGAACCUACAAAUAAGAUCAACUGUUCUUGAGGAAGAGAUCCAAAUGUCCCAACCUAAUUUGGUUUAAAUCAGCUUAAGUAAAAAAAAAAACAAAAACCAAAAAAACCAUUUCUUUCAUCUUGUUCACGAAAGCAGUCAAGAUUUUGAGUCAGCUGAUUUUGAGAUCCAUGAACUUGUUUGUGCUUGUUGUAGAAGACAGUGAUACUUUCUUCCAAAAGAAAAUCUAUAUAAGAAUUUUUUGAAGGUGCUUUCUGGAAGUAGACUAAAAUAGAAAGUUGAAGGGUUAGUGCUUUGUCCUGAAAGAAUAAAACUUAGUACAAGAAACAUAUUAUGCUUAUCCUGAAAACCAGGGAAUAUGAGGCUGGGAUACAGCAUCUAUUUAAUAGCUGCAAGCAGCAGUGUACUACACUAGUUUGGAGCAAAAUGUUGACAGUUUUCAUUAUGUUCCAUUCUUCAUAGGCUUCUUUGGUUUCUGAUAACUUUUUCUGACCCUUUGUAUCUUUACUCUGGUUCUUCCAUGUUUAUUAAUCUUCAGCAGAGGAUAUUUGGAGUUGGAUUACACUCUCUUUAUAGGGCUUUACAGCUAUCAAAGUUCAAUCAAGUAUGCUCCCUCCCUUCUGCUUUCCUUCUUCCUAAGAAAAUUAAUCAGGAUGAGGAGCUCUUUGGAUGUCUUGGCUAAGCAACUGACAUCCAUGAAGAAUGGAAAGGUGAAUGGGAACGCAGUGAUACCAGAAAUGCCAUUACCCAGUAUUUUUGUUCAAGGAGGAGAAAACUCAAGGUUUUCUUUGUUAACCUGCCACUGAUGAACAGUGACUGAUACAUUGCAAUGAGCAGUUUAAAUGUCAAACAGCAUCCCACAAUUGUAUUGAUCAUCUCCGCCAGUGAUUCAAUUGAUGUACACUUUCCAGCCUAUCCCACUGAGAGACAGAGACUGUGUCUUCCAUCCAAAAUAGAUGAAAAAAAAUACUAAACCAUUCCAUGAUACUUGGUAUUACAUUGCUUUCAAUUUUUGGGUUUGUUUUAUUGUGGGUGUGCUGUAACAGAAGUAGUGUACCUUACCCAGCCAUUCCAUAGAUGAGAAGAUCCAGGGUGAAACAGUUAGAGUGAUUGUAUUGGUCAACUGUGCUUAGAAAAACUGAACUCUUCAAGAGUUUUGCCUUUACCUCAAACUGUAAACACUGACAUCUGCAUAAGCAAGAGGUUCCCCCAGUUAAACUGACUUGUGAGCCUGCAUCUCUUCUUCCACAGUGCAAGAUCAAAUUCCUAAAUGCAGGGGCCCUGUUCUGAAAACACUGCUUGGUUUUGGGGUUUGUGGCCUAUCCUGAGCUACUGCCUAUAAGCCUGAUAAUGAAACAUUUAUUAUGGCAAAGCCUAUUUUAACUUGCUGCCCAGAGGACUGGCUGGUUUAAACCCUGGUGGGCAAUUCAUUGUCUACCCAUUUUCCAACAGAUAUGUGCACUGUCUGAAUACAGAAGUUUUUGCUGAACUUUUGCCUGGGUUGAAGAAUGCUAAGCUUGAACUGACCACUUAUGGUAUAUGGAUUUGGCAUCUGAAUUCAGAUACACAGAGGUACUGAUCUAUUAAGACUCUAAAACCUGCUGCUUUUGAGCAAAUGCGGGUAGCAGAGCGUUGUGAAGUGCGAGUGUCAGGAAGUGCCUUGAGGAUCACUGGAUAAAGGAUGUUGGGUGUUCACAGAAGUAGCAUUAAAGACUGAGUGGCAACUGUAAUAGGAUGGUUCAAUGUCAUUGUAGUCAUGGAACUUAACUGCAGUGUUUCAUCGUGAUUUUAUAGAAAGUGCAAGGAAAGAUACACCAUUAAAGACUGAACCCCACUAAACAUUUAUGGGGCAGAUGACUUAGAGUUGAAGAAGUGAGUUAAACAGUCACAUAAUCUACAAACUGACCAGAAUAUAGCUUUUGCCAAAUUGUAGGAAAUUAUCAGUGCAAAUGCAGGGCAAACACAGACUACAGUAAAAAAAAUGACAAUCAAUUUUCAAUGCCAUGAAUAUUUUUGAGAGAUUGAGCUCUAAAAUGUAUUUUUAUUGAGUUUCUAGAUUGUAAUGAAUGUGUCUACAGAAUUUUAUGCAAAGCUUGAGAGUUCAGCUGUUUUAAAAUGAUUUUUUUUAUAUAGCAGUGAUUAUUUUAUCUAUAUAUUUAAUAGAAUUGUAAAACCAUUUUAAGAGUACCUGUAAAAUUCUAUGUAUGUGAUAUAAUUAUUUAUUAAUUAUGACUCAUGAGAAUGAACAUUAAGCUAUGCAUUGGUUGUGUCAUCCAUUUGAAAACUGGAAACUGCAAAUAGGAGAAGAGCUUUUAAUGAACAGCAGAUCUGAAAAGCAGGGGAAAUGAUUGCAUACAUUUGUGUGAUUCUUAAAGCUGCAUAGCAAUAUGUCAUUUUGUGAUGUUAAACUUUCAGCUAAAGUUGCAAAAUAUACUGAGUGAUUGAGCUACUUUCUUCCAUUAAAACUUCCUGAGGCUGAAA